AUGGAACAACCGGACCCUAAUGGACUGUUUGAGAUGAAGAAUCAAAGCAUUGAGUGUGUCACUUUCUUCAAAUGUUUCAUGCAUGAGAAGUGUAAAAAGAUGUACUACUGUGAACCAUGCCUUUUCUUGAUGGAUGGGCUUAAUCCCAUUUUAGAUUAUGUGGAAUUCACUGCUUUAAUAUUUGAUGCUUAUGGAACCGAUGGUAUAAUUUAUGUUUAUAUUGAUAAUGUUGGAGUGGGAGUAGAUGGGUGGUUUAAUGAUGAUGAUCACGAGUCUUGUAUUGAUGGUGAAAAUGAGGAUAAUAUAUGUGAACUCAGGAAUGUGGAUGUGGAAUUUGAUGAGGAUGUAGUUAUUAUGAAUAGAACAUCAAAUGAUCCUUUCCUGAGUGGUCAAGGUCAAGCUAAUAGUAUGGUUGAAGAUGGUCAGGGUCUAGUUAAUGUUGUGGUUGAGGAAGAUGUUGAGGUUCAUAAUGUGCAAGUGCAGCAAGUUAGACCAAUUUCAAAUAUUUUGAAGGGGAUAGUGAGAAGAAGUCUGAGAGAAUAUUGA